UUGGGUGAGAGUCCAAAAAUCUACUUACUCUAACGCCGGCGGCCGUCACACUGCCUCCGCCGCGAUAUACAGAGCAGACUCCUAAAGCCUACAACGAACAAGCAGGAAGAUCGAAUCCCAGCCAGUCCAGAAGCUGUUGAAGAUGGCCGGCGCCGGCGGCGGGGAGCUCAAGUACGAGUUGGCUCAGAACGCCUACGUCAAGCUCGUCCUCCACGCCCUCAAGCACAAGACCUCCGCCGUCAACGGCGUCUUGCUCGGCCGCACUUCCCCUAAGAACGAAAACCUCGUUCAGAUCGAAGAUUCCGUCCCGCUCUUCCACAAUCACCUCGGCCUCCUCCCUCCCCUCGAGAUCUCCCUCAUCAUGAUAGAGGAAUACUAUAGCACACGAGGUCUUGGAAUAGUGGGGUAUUUCCAUGCGAAUGAGAGGUUCGAUGACGCCGAGCUUGGUAACAUGUCGAAGAACAUUGCUGAUCACAUCUCUCGCUAUUUCCCACAGGCAGCUGUUCUUUUGCUAGAUAACAAGAAGCUUGAAGCUUUACCGAAAGGGAAAGAUCGCAGCCCUGUUGUGCAGCUUUACACAAAGGAUGCAUACAAGAAUUGGAAGCUGGUUGGAGCAGAUGGAGGCAUUCUCUUGACAUUUAAGGAGCCAGCUGCAAAUACGAUCUUAUUGGACUACAUUUCUUCCGAGAAGUGGCAAGAUGUGGUUGAUUUUGAUGAUCACCUCGACGACGUUACCAAGGACUGGUUGAACCCAGAUCUCUUCAAGUAAAGCCAGCCUGAGUUGCUUGGAUGUUCGGCUUGGCUAUGCUUCUUUUUCUCGUGAUAGCAAGCUGGGUUGAUCUUGAUUUUCCAUGUUUGCAUCGUAUAUGCAGCGAGCUAUUUUGCACGUCGGGAAUCUUUGCCAUGGGAAAUUUUUGUACCCUGUGAUUCAUGGGAAGAAACAUCCUUUCCAUGGUUAACUUUACCAGACAAGUUCCUGAGUGCCUUGUUUUCUGAACACUAGCUUUAAUGUAACUGACAAUGAGACCCCAAACUUUGUUAGUUCAAGUGAUGCAGCAGUUCUAUAAACCAUUCUUUUGUUUCAUGCAAA